UCUCACCAACUCAAAACUGCCCUCAGAGAUCAAGAAUGUAGAGAGUAAUGGAGAGUCUGGCAUUUAUAGCAGCAUUAGUAAUGGUUUUGGCUAUUGCUACAACAGAUGCUCAAAGCAUUUGCAACAUGCCUGCUUCAGGUUUGAUUGCAUGUAAGCCAGCAGUGACCCCUCCCAACCCUCCUCCGCCGACAUCCACCUGCUGCUCCGCCCUCUCCCACGCUGACAUGAGCUGCCUUUGCUCCUAUAAGAACUCCAACCUGUUGCCUUCCCUUGGUAUUGACCCAAACCUCGCCAUGCAACUCCCUAGCUUGUGCAAGCUUCCUCAUCCUGCAAACUGCUAAAUCCCUGUCAUGAUAUUUGGUCUAUGAUCAAAUACCUAAUGCUUCCAGGACUAAAGAUCAAAUUAUGCAUAUUAUAAGCCUCUACUUCACAUAAUUGUAUUGAAUUUUGGGCUUUAUUUCUCUUUUGUUUUCGCUUUUCAUGUAUGCUGAUAAGACUCUUGGAAUAACAUUAUCUGAUCUUCGUUUCCUUCAUGACUCUUUUUAAGUUCUAAACCAUAAGCAUACAUGCUUGUGAAGAACAAGAACAAUAAUGGUCGCAACAGCAUCAGCUCUCCUUGAUUAAAAAAUACCCUGAUAACUAAUGGCUAAA